AAAGGGUGAAUCCGAUAAUGACCGGACCCUGAAUGUGUUACUCGCGGAUCUGCACCGAUGCGCCUCCAUCCAGCCCGGGCGGCUCAUUCACACAUCGCGCUGUCACAGCAUGGCUCUCAUUAUGGAACCCAUAAGUAAAUGGACACCCAAGCAAGUGCUGGAGUGGAUGAAAGGUUUGGAUGACUGCCUCCAACAAUACAUCAAGAACUUUGAGAGGGAGAAGAUUGGUGGUGAGCAACUCCUCCACAUCACCCAUCAGGAACUGGAGGAGCUCAGCGUCACGCGGAUCGGCCAUCAGGAACUCAUCCUGGAGGCUGUGGAUCUGCUCUGUGCACUGAACUAUGGGCUGGAAACGGAGAACCUGCGCACUCUUUCCCAUAAACUUAGCGCCUCAGCAAAGAACCUGCAGAACUUCAUCAUGGGUCGACGCCGGGCGGGGCACUACGAUGGACGAGUCUCUAGACGUUUACCCAACGACUUCCUCACCUCAGUGGUGGAUCUCAUAGGAGCUGCCAAAUACCUGCUGGCCUGGCUUGAUAGGUCACCCUUCGUCAAUGUUACAGAGUACUCACUACUGAAAAACAACAUUGUUCAGCUGUGCCUGGAGUUAACCACCAUAGUGCAACAGGACUGUACCAUAUAUGAGACAGAGAACAAAAUCCUUCUUGUGUGUAAAACGUUAUCUGGAAUCUGCGACCAUAUCAUCUCACUGUCUUCUGAUUCAUUAGUGAGUCAGUCUGCUCACCUGGAGGUGGUUCACCUCACCAACAUCAUGCCCAGUGAAGGACUGGGCAUGUACAUCAAAUCAACGUACGAUGGGCUUCAUGUAAUCACAGGCACGACAGAAAAUUCUCCUGCUGACCACUGCAAAAAGAUCCACGCAGGAGACGAGGUGAUCCAGGUCAACCACCAAACUGUGGUUGGCUGGCAGCUUAAAAAUCUGGUGAACGCGUUACGUGAAGAUCCCAACGGUGUGAUUCUCACUUUGAAAAAGAGACCACAGAACAUGUUAAACUCGACCCCAGGAAUGCUGAAGGACAUACGAUGGAAACCUCUCACCCUACAGCCCAUUUCCACCAGUCCUAAUGGAGAUGUCACCACUCCAACUAGCACAACAGGGUCUAAUACACGGGACGUUUUCAUUCUGUCUCUAGUCUCAGGACUCUAUGGUACCAGAGAUGAGAUCGGCAUCAUGUCGUACGAUGAUCUCAGCAAGUACAGCAUGAGCAGGUCCAGUUCCAAUCAAUCAGAGUCACCUAACUACUACCUCAAUCAUGAGAGUGGCAAGUUUUACCCUCUGGUGGAGGGUGAGGGGGUUCCCGUUGGAUCCGAAUAUGACCGGGGCCGAUCUACAGGGGUACGUAGGAGAGACAAAACCCCAAGUCAUGGAGAUCUCAGACCCACGUCAAUGCCCCCCGAGUACAACUGGAUGGCUGAAGCCAAGGAAACCAGUGCACACAAGCGGGGCAGCCGAGACUCAGACACGUCCCUCUUCCACUUCAUGAGUGACGACAAGAUCCUGGCAAUCCAGGAGGAGCCGGACGGGUCUCAGGACUGCAAGCGGGACACUAAUCGGUAUACCCGUAAAAAAAGCAGGAAUCCCAACAGCCCCAAUUUUCCUAUUAGCCCCUCAUUACUGGGUUCCACUGUGAGACUGGAUGCAGCCGUACCCCCGAACAGCCUGCCUUUCCCACUGCCCGAAAACAACACAAUGCCCCAUUAUCCUCAACAGAGAGUGGCUGAUGCACUUCGAGUAGAACCAGAGAGGUUUCCAGGUUCUGGUGUUGAAAUACAAGGAGGAGCAUCCAUGAAGAAGUCAUUCACCUACACUUCAUUAAGAAAACCCAAAAAGAGAGCGAAAGGUUCUCUGUCCGGCAGCAGCCGGAGGAAAAUCUCCUGUAAGGAUUUAGGACACGGAGACUGUGAAGGCUGGCUGUGGAAGAAGAAAGAUAUCAAAGGGUACUUCACCCAAAAGUGGAAGAAAUACUGGUUCAUUCUGAAGGAUUCUUCACUCUACUGGUACACAAACCAAAAUGAUGAGAAGGCGGAAGGUUUCAUCAGUUUACCGGAGUUCAGGAUUGACAGAGCGAUUGAAUGCAGGAGGAAAUUUGCUUUUAAGGCGUGCCAUACCAAAAUCAAGAGCUUCUUCUUUGCCACUGACAGCUUGGAGGAGAUGAACAGAUGGAUGAACAGAUUGGGUUUGGCAGCAAUUGGUUACACACCUGAUGAUAAAGUGCCCAGACAGGAUGAGGAUUAUUGGAGUGAGAGUGAUCAGGAGGAUAUGGAUGGCACAAUGACCCUUAAACAGGACGGACCUUCUUCACAAGGCUCCCACCAUCAAACAUCCUCGGUAAACUCCUCCAGCCCCUUUCCAGAGUCGAAACACGGCCGACAUUUCUCCAGCGAGUCCACCUACUCUCACUCCUCGGCCGAGGACUCUCGGGGAGGUGGAGAGGGAGGAUCGGGCAGCACCCAGUCGUCCAGCUGCCGGUCCGGUCAUCGCGAGCGCCGCUCAUGGCAGGAUUUGAUCGAGACUCCGCUCACCAGUUCAGGUCUUCACUUCCUGCAGACGGACGGAGAUGACGCUGAUCCGGGGGGAGUCGAGUACAUCUCAAAAGUGCCUGAACACAUAAGGCAGGCCACUCUACCUGUACGGAGGCACCAUGUGGACUGUGAGGGACCGUUUCCUCUGGACAAGGGAGUGCAGACGCAUCGCAAAGCCCAGCAGCAGCGCAGCCAGAGUUUACCGCGGCACAGAGAGGCGAGGGCACGGAGUUUGCAGAGAGGGUACGCCGAGGAGAGGAGCAAGAACGAGGACGAGGGAGUCUCGACACCUGCUGAGAAAAGCAAGAGCAGCAGAAACGUAAAUGAAGGGGAUGAAGUGAAUGCAGUGGACGGACUGGAAGACCUCUAUCGUACCCUGGUCAUGGCUAAGCUGUCCGUCCUUGGUGACCUUCGACCCACCACCAAAUCAGACUUCCGGCGUGCAUUCCAGAAGCGCUGCAGGGACCCCGUCAUCAAUGACAAGCUGCACCACAUCAGGGCCCUCAAUAGCACACUAAAGGCAAAAGUGGACGAGCUAGACGUUAUUAAUCAGCUGCUGGAUGAUCCUGGUCUCACAGUGAAGGAAUUCCGUGAGUGGAAACAGCAGCAUUAUGAGCUUUUAUUGGAGAUUUGUGAGUUUAGCUCGGGCCGGGACAGACCAGCCGAGCUCUCGGCUCUUACAUCUCCUUUACUGACCCACACUCACUCGUUCAUCGAGACCCACGUGUAAGACCGUCUGAGACUGAACCACGACGCAUCAGGAUUUACAUGCUGCCUCGUUUCUCCAGACAUCAACCUUCUACUUUCCUUAUUUAA